UUUGUCACUGUGGCUCAUGUUUACUGCCUGUGAACCUGUGUGGUGGUGGGGAGCCUGCCUUUACAGAGCAGAACAGAGAGCUCCAGUGCUGUCCACAAAGCUGGGAGGAGGGGCACCCACCCGCGAUGUUCUGCUGGUGUCCGCCAUCAUCACCGUCAGCCUUAGCGUCACGGUUGUCCUCUGCGGCCUCUGUCAUUGGUGUCAGCGCAAACUGGGCAAACGCUACAAGAACUCUCUGGAGACUGUGGGCACACCGGACUCGGGGCGCGGGCGAAGUGAGAAGAAGGCCAUCAACGACCUAGACAGAGACUUUUGGAAUAACAAUGACAGCACAGUGCAGCAGAAAUGGAGCUCCUACCCUCCCAAGGAGUUUAUUCUAAACAUUUCACCCUACGCCCCUUAUGGCGACCCACGACUGUCCCUCAAUUUCGAGGACUCCACCCUGUCCACGGCCACUACCCUUGAGUCUAUCCCCAGCUCCGCGGGAGAGCCAAGGUGCCAGCGACCCCGCACCCUGACGCGGCAGCAGAGCCUGCAACAGCCCCUCAGCCAGCACCAGCGGGGCCGGCCGCCCAGCCAGCCCACCACCAGCCAGAGCCUGGGCCAGCUGCAGGCCCACACGGCCGCAGCGCCCGGCACCAACCCCCGCUCCCACGGCCGCGGCCCAGCCCGGCAGGCCGCCUCAGCCGGCUCCAAGUACCGGGCGGCUGGGGGCUGCAGCCGCUCCAACCCGGGCAGCUGGGACCACAUGGUGGGGCAGAUUCGAAACCGAGGCUUGGACAUGAAGUCCUUCCUGGAAGGCCGAAUGGUGGUGCUAUCCUUGGUCUUAGGGCUUUCGGAACAGGAUGACUUUGCCAAUAUCCCUGACCUGCAAAACCCAGGAACCCAGCAGAACCAGAACGCUCAGGGGGACAAGAGGUUGCCCACAGGAGGGAAGGCAGUGGACACGGCGCUGGUGCUGGGCCAGACACCCCACGAUGAAUCUGACCGCAGGACUGAACCCCACUCCUCCGUCUCGGACCUGGCCAACUCCCUGACCAGUGAGAUGCUCAUGCUGUCCCCGGGCUCCGAGGAAGAUGAGACCCACGAAGGCUGCAGCCGCGAGAACCUGGGCCGGAUCCAGUUUAGUGUGGGCUACAACUUCCAGGAGUCCACACUCACUGUGAAGAUCCUGAAGGCCCAGGAGCUGCCGGCCAAGGACUUCAGUGGCACCAGCGACCCCUUUGUGAAGAUCUACCUGCUGCCCGACAAGAAGCACAAGCUGGAGACCAAGGUGAAGCGGAAAAACCUCAACCCCCAUUGGAACGAGACCUUCCUCUUCGAAGGUUUCCCCUACGACAAGGUGGUGCAGAGGGUCCUGUACCUCCAGGUCCUGGACUAUGACCGCUUCAGCCGCAAUGACCCCAUUGGUGAGGUGUCCACGCCCCUGAACAAGGUGGACCUGACGCAGAUGCAGACCUUCUGGAGGGACCUGAAGCCGUGCAGCGAUGGGAGUGGGAGCCGAGGGGAGCUGCUCUUGUCUCUCUGCUACAACCCCUCUGCCAACUCCAUCAUCGUGAACAUCAUCAAAGCCCGGAACCUCAAAGCCAUGGACAUCGGGGGCACCUCAGACCCCUACGUGAAGGUGUGGCUGAUGUACAAAGACAGGCGGGUGGAGAAGAAGAAGACGGUGACCAUGAAGAGGAACCUGAACCCCAUCUUCAACGAGUCCUUUGCCUUCGACGUCCCCACGGAGAGGCUGCGGGAGACGACAGUCGUCAUCACCGUCAUGGACAAGGACAGGCUGAGCCGCAACGAUGUCAUAGGCAAGAUCUACCUGUCCUGGAAGAGCGGGCCAGGCGAGGUGCGGCACUGGAAGGACAUGAUCGCCCGUCCCCGGCAGCCCGUGGCCCAGUGGCACCAGCUGAAAGCCUGAGCACCAAGGGAUGCCCAGGGGGCCGAGGCCCGGGCCCAUCGCGCCCUGGCCGCUUUACGCACACUGUCCGGCCUGGCCCCCACCACGGGUGAGGGGACGACCCUGAGGGCUCAGCCAGGAGGUCCCCGACCAGCAGGGCCCAUCCAGGACAUGCAGCCCCACCCCACGGCCCAUGGGGACUCCUGAGCCAUCUCCCUGCUUUGCCCGCCCUUCCCGACUUGCCAGUGCCGCGCAGUGAGGGACGCCCACGAGCAGACAGGCACAACCUCCAGAGCCCUGCCAGGUGGGCACGGCCCCCGUUUUCUUUACGGCAGUGCCUGGAGUGGAGAGAAGCCAGCCCUCCUGUCCAGGAGGUGCCGAGGCGUUUGGCCCCGGCCUGGCAGGACAGGCCCGUCUGGGCGGCUUCAGGUGCCGGCUGGGCCCUGAAUGCCGAGGACAGUGCACGGCCCACCCUGGUCUGUGUUGUGUCACUGUGUGAGUGUGUGUGUGUGUGUGUGUGUGUGUGUAUGUGUGAGUGCUGAAGGCCCAGAGAAGCAGGUGUGCUGGAGGGUGAGGCGGGGCGUGGCCAUCCCACCCUCUCCUGAGUCUCGGCAGCUCCUUCCUGGCGACUUCACCUCUUGGACAUCGGUUCACAACUUUUAGGCACCUAUUGUGUGCAUAGCAUUCCCCCAGGACCCACCAGCUCCCUUCUGUCUCAGGGGUUCCAGCCCCACUUUUCCCCAGCGCCUCCAGAGAUCCCCCUUCUCAGACCUGUGCUCGGCUCCCUGUGCCUGACUGGCCUCUGCCCACACCAGGCUCGGGGACGCCUUGCUUUCCUUCCCUCCUGGCGUGGCUUCCCCUGUCCAGCCCGCCCUGCUGGCCCCUGAGCGUCCUCCCGCCCUCCCAGACUUAAGGCUAGGGUGUUGGUGACCUGGCUUGCACCUUGGGCCGGAGCAGGUCCUCCUAUGGCGACAGAGCCUCCCCACAUUCCCAGAAGCCACCACUAGGUGGCACCAGCACACCGCAUGGGGGACACCAUCAGGGACGGCGCCGGCUCCGGCCGUGAGGGCUGGCCACCGUGUUCUCUCGCCGCUGCAACUGACACUGCAGCUGCCCUGUGUCCCAGUCCCUUCCUCCCUGGGAUCCCAAGGGAUCUUACUCAGUAAUGAAUCGUUCAUAGCAAAGAUGCCGGUUGUGUAAAGCAUAGCAAUGCAUUGCUUGUAAACCCAGAGUCUGUACAGUGUAGCUGCCCAGCCCUGGGUGUGCAGCAGGCAUCAGAGGGUGGAGGGCAGGGCAGCAUGCCCCUUCCUUGGAGGGAGCCUGUGGGGAGCCCGGGGCCCAGCCAGCCUUCAGGAGGGGCCAGCAAGGGCUCCCCUGCCCGUGCCACCAGCGGCCCGUAGUCCUAGCAGACGUACAGUUCCCAUCAGACCCCCAGGCUGCUGUGACAGCCAGGUCCCCCUCCCUAGGCUGCAUGGGGAGGGCUGAGGGUGGGUGGGCUGGCAGAAGGUGGGACAGCCUAGGGCACUCGGAGGACAGGGGAGGGAAGGGGGAGGGUGCCGGAGCCCAGCCACCAUCCCAGGACCCUGGACAAGUCACCCACUCUCCCUGUGACUCAGUUUCCCCAUCUGCAAAAUGAUGGUAAUAAUACUUCACCUACCUCAUGGGGGAGGUUGUGAGGUCACCAUCGCCUGACCUGGGGGUCUAGCGAGGCAGAAGGACCCUGAAGGUGCUACCGGGAGCAAAGUAUUAUUACCACAGCCUGAGAGCUCGCCCACCCCUGGUCCCUGCUACAGGGACAUGGAGGCAGGGUCCUCUGUCUUUUCACUGUGUCCCGGGCCCUGUCGUGAGUGUCAUCUGCCUCGUUCGUGGGUACCCUAGACUUAGUCGUGACCUGAUUCAGCUCUCCUCUCUGUGAACAUCUCCCCAGGAACUGCUGUGCAAAUCCGCCA